CUAAAGCAGCAGGUGUGUGUCUUCAUUUAAACUUUUGAUUAAAGACAAUAUUUUCAAGGCUUGAAUAGCCCUGUUAUUUGCUAAGAACUGCUGUGAAACGUUUCCUCUCUUGAAGCUCAGGACCCGGCAGAGGAAACACCAAUCACAAUAAAUGCAAAGGGGAAGGGUGGGGCACUUUGGAAAACGAAAGUGCUUUUAUCUGGAGCCUGCAAAGGCCAAAGCUUUAUCCAUUUACAAAUCCAGGACUAAUUUAGCUUUCAGGCUCCUUUUUUUCCACAAAAAGAGUUCAACUUCUCAGGCUGUCUGUGUUCUUAAUGUUUAAUUACAUGCUUCAACAGAAGAGGUGAAAGAUCUACCUCUCCCCCAUUCCCCUAAUAAGAGGAGAGCCAAACUUCCUGCUCCGCUUCAGAGUCGGAAACCAUCUACUACAACCUGGAGAAUUGCCUGCUGAAAAUGAGUGUCUCCUUCCAUGGGAAGGUUGUACCAAAGGCAGUGGGAUGCAGUUAGAAUCAUAAAAGUGUUUUCAUCCAAUCUCCCUCUCAGUGCAGGAUCCCUCUCUGACAGAUGACCAUCCACUUCUCUAUGAAGUUUUCCAGCAAGGAGCAACCCUUCUUUCAGAAGGCUCUGGAUAAAGCACAGUAUCCCCAUCUCUUCUGGUCUGAUUUCAGUGGUGGAAGCUUCAAGUGGUUGCUUCUAUGGAUAACCUAAAUGGAAUUGGAUAGUGAGAAAACAUUUCUAUGGACUCCUUUUUGACAAUCCAUAAGGAAGAGCUUUCAGUGUUUUUGCACCUUCCAAAUUAAUUUUCUAAUUUUAAUUUUAGAUUGAAUAUAAUCCAUCAUAGACAUGAGUAGCAUUCUGGAAGAAUGUCUUUACAAUGCAUUGAAUGAACUCAUUGGGAAGCAAUUUAAACAAUUCAAAUGGAAGCUAAAUUAUAUUAAUUAUAAUGGAAGGCCAAACAUUGGUAGAGCUCCAUUGGACAGAGCUGAUGAACAAGAUGUUGUAGAUCUCCUGAUUCAACAUUAUGGAGAAGAUGCUCUAGAGGUGUGCAUUGAAGUCCUUCGAAAAUGCAAUAGAAAUGAUCUUGCCAAAAACCUUGAAGAAACUGGAGAGAAAGUUGCAGAUGUUGAUGCUCACCAACUUGCAGAUCCAUCAGAUUACAGAAACUACAUUAAAAAAAAAUUUGAAACAAUGAAAGAUCCUAAUGCUGUUCCUGGGGAAUAUGUGCCCCUGAACAAGAGAUACUCAAAGCUAAUCAUCCUAGAUUAUCAUCCAUCUGAAGAGGAGAGAGAAGAUGAAAUUCUGGCAACAGGAAGGAAACAUGCUGAAAUAAUCAGCGAAAGAGCUGAGUCUUCAACCAACAUCGAAACAUUAUUUAACCCUGAUAAAUAUGGAUUAAUUCCACAAGAUGUUGUGUUACAGGGAGCUGCAGGAAUUGGAAAAACCAUAACGGCGAAAAAAAUCAUGUUUGAUUGGGCUUCUCAACAACUUUACCAGGACAAAUUUAAUUAUGCUUUCUAUAUUUGUUGUAGAAAGAUGAAUCUCCAUGCAGAGUCAGAGAUACAUAGUAUUGCAGAGAUAAUUUCAGAUGAAUGGCUCAAGUGUCAUGAAUCCAAAAAUGUCAUUCGAAACAUACUGAAGAAUGAAGAGAAGCUUCUGUUCAUAAUUGAUGGGUUUGAUGAAUUCAGAUAUUCCUUUGAUCAGUCCGAAAACUACUUUUGCAUUGAUCCCUGGAAGAAGGAACCAGUGAGAAUUCUUUUGAAGAGUUUAUUUCAAAAAAAGCUGCUUCCUAAAUCCUCUCUUAUAAUCACAACAAGACCUACUGCCCUGGAAAAACUCCAUCAAUAUUUAGAGCACGCACGCAAUUUUGAGAUACUGGGGUUUUCUACAAAGGAAAGAGAAGAAUAUUUCUACAAUUUUUUUGAAAAUAAAGACCAAGCAACUCAAGCUUUCAGAUUUGUGAAACAAAAUGAUACACUUUUCACCAUGUGUGUCAUUCCCCUUGUGAGCUGGAUCAUCUGCACAGUGAUGAAACAGGAGAUGGAGAGAGGCAAGGAUCUGCAGAAGACACCAUGCACUCUCACUGCAAUCUAUAUACGGUAUUUCUCUAGCUUGUUAAAGUUUCACCAUAAAGAAUCCAAACAGGAUGUCCAAUCAAAUGUGAAAGGCCUAUGCUCUCUGGCUGCAGAAGGAGUCUGGAAACAGAAAAUAUUGUUUAUGGAAGAAGAAGUCAAGAAGCACAGUUUGAACCAGGGAAACUCCCUCCCCCUUUUUCUGAAUCAGAGCAUCUUCAGAAGGGACAUUGAUUGUAUUCAAACCUACAGCUUUAUUCAUUUAAGUUUCCAGGAGUUUUUUGCUGCUUUGUUUUAUGUCCUAGAAGAAGGAGAUGAGCAGCAUUCUAAAAAUAAAAAUAAAAAUUUUCAGAUACUUUUAGAAAAACAUCGGUCCCUGAGGCCUGAUUUUGCAGUAGGAUUUCACUUCCUCUUUGGUUUUUUAAAUGAAGAAAAAAGAAUGAGAGAGUUGAAAAAAGAAUUUGGAUGGGAAAUUUCUCCUAAAAGUAAAGAAUUCUUGUUAGACUGUGUAAAAAAUAAUAUUAAAAAAAGAAGACAUCAUUUCGAAAAAGAAAUAUUUAGUUAUUUAUAUGAGACACAAGAUGACAAUUUUGUAAACAAUGCACUAUGUGGUAUCACUGAAAUAGAUUAUAAAUGCAACUCAGAUAUGGAAUUGAUAAUCCUGGCCUAUUGUGUACGACACUGCCAGAAUUUAAACCACCUCUUUGUCAAAGGUUCUGGAUUUCUAUAUCAUGUAGAGACAGAAUUAUUUCUUCCAGAAAAUAAGGAAUGGAGUUUGGAUGAAAGAUAUAUGGAAGACUUCUUUAAAGCACUGACAAAGCUGAGAAACUUAAAAUACCUGUGUUUGGAGGGAUGGUCCUUCACAGAGUCCUGCAGCAGGCAUCUUGCUGAAGUCUUCAGGAAAAACCAGAGCUUGAAAGAGUUACGCUUGUCCCUUGAGGACACAGAAGACAGAGCUGCGGAAUUGUUGUAUGAUGGACUCCAACAUCCAGACUGUAAAAUAGAAACACUAGAAUUUACAGGAGAAUCCAUGACCGAAUUCUGCAGCAGGCAUCUUGCAGACAUACUUAGGAAAAACCAGAGAUUGAGAGUAUUAAACUUUUGGAUCCUCUAUCCAGAUGAUAAAGUAGUGGAAAUGGUUUGUAAGGGGCUCCAACAUCAAGAUUGUAAAGUAGAAAAUCUAGGGCUUGCUGGAGAGUUCCUAACCGAAUCUUGCAGGCAUUUUGCAGAAGUACUGAGAAAAAAUCAGAGAUUGAGACACUUACAGUUGUCCUUCAUAAAAUUAAAUGAUGAUACAGAACUGCUCUAUGCAUUGUGCGGGCAUAUAAAAAAUGUGCUUGAGAUGCUACAUCUAAUUGGAAAAAACCUGAUCAAAUCACCCAUAGAAAUACUGAGAAAAAAUGAGAGAUUCAGAGACAUAGAGUUGUCUCUGAAAAACACAUUUGACAAAACAUUGGAACUGAUGUAUGAGUGCCUCAAAUAUCCAGAAUAUACAAUAGAGAUGCUACAAUAUUUUAGAGAGUUCCUGACCAAAUCCUACAGCAGACAUCUUGAAGAAACACCUGGGAAAAACCAGAAAUUGAGAGAAUUAGGGCUGUCCCUUAAGAACCAAGAUGGCAAAGCAUUGGAAUUGCUGUUUGAUCUGGUCAAAGAUCCAGAAUGUAACAAAGAGAUGAUACAGCUUGCUGGACAGUUCCUGGCUGAAUCCGGCAGCAGGCAGAUUGCAGAAAUUCUUAGGAGAAAACAGAGAUUAACAGAGUUAGGGUCAUCCCUGAACAACACAAUUAACAAAACAGGGGAACUGAUGCUUGAAGGGCUCAAAGAAUGUGCAGAAGAGACACAACAGAUUCUUGGAUAUUUCCUGUCUGAAUUCUGCAGCAAUGUACUUAAAGUACUCAGGAAAGAUAAGGGACUGAGAGAAUAUAAGUCAUCCCUGAGGAACACAAAUGGCCAAACAAUGGAACUGUUAUGUGAGGGGCUCAAAGAUCCAGGAUGUACAAUAGAGACGCUAUAUAUUGUUGGAGAGAUCCUGAACGAAUCCUUCAGCAAGCAUCUUGCAGAUGUACUCAGGAAAAACCAGAGAUUGAGAGUGCUAUACUUGUCCCUCAAGAACCCAGAUGACAAAGCAAUUGAAUUAUUGUGUGAGGGGCUCAAAGAUCCAGGAUGUACAAUAGAGACGCUAUGGAUUGUUGGAGAGAUCCUGACUGAAUCCUGCAGGAGGCAUCUGGCAGAAGUACUCAGGAAAAAAACAGAAAUUGAGAGUGUUAUACAAGUCCCUCAAGAACCCAGAUGACAAAAAAAUAGAACUGCUGCCUUAAACAUCCAGAAUGUAAAAUAGAGACACUACAUUAAGUGACCACUCUUUUCUUUUCAGUUUCAUCUGCUAACCUUCUCUUGGCUGUUGAUCAUUUGGAUAUACCGAGGGAGUGGUAGUUCCAAUUUCAAUGUAUAACCUUAAGUUCUUUCAAGAAUAGAGAGUUUGUGUUUCUUUUCAGAAUUCUAUAUAUUGCUAAAACCCUCAUGAUCACUUUUAACUAUGUGAAACAGUUCAUCACAGGGAAAUAGCUUUGAACUGAGGUACCUUACCAAAUUUGUCCAAAAUCUGGAACCCAUGACUCUUAAGGGAAUGAAAUUUGGGAUAGCUGUGGCUGUUACAGUGACUGCUGCUGGGCUGCUGCUGUGAUCACCUGAUCUUCAUUUUCAAUAUUGAAAAUGACUAUUUCCCAGUGAAUCUUGUAAUCUCUUACUCCCUCAAACUCCCCAGCAGCAAAAAAAUUGACAUAUCAUAUAUGGCUGUUAAAGAUGCAACAAUUUAAGGUGCAUGAAGAAAGGUUUGGAUGCUUUUAUUGCUUUAUGUGUCCUUUCUCUUGCACAAAAACACGCUCAUGUAUCUAUGGCCCAUCUUUGUUCAGAAACUGAAGGAACAUACAUAGCACUCCAGUAUUUCUCCACAACAACCAUUUUCUGACUAUGCUCUGUAACAGGGGUCUCCAACCUUGGCAACUUUAAGACUUGUGGACUUCAACUCCCAGAAUUCAAGUUGAAGUUGAAGUCCACAAGAAGACUUGUGGACAUGUCUUAGAUUUGCCAAGGUUGGAGACUCCUGCUCUGUAAGAUUUCUGGAAGGUUGUUUAAAAAUUCCUGUAGAAGACAAAUUGCAAGAUUUCUCAGUAUAAAUCCGACACCAAGUGAGUAAUAUGUGUAUGAUGGUUCCAUUAGUGAAAGCAAGGGGAAGCUGCUAUGUGAAGAGCUAAAACACUCAGGGCAUAGUUAAAGGAGCUACGAUAAAUCAUCAGUUCACAUUUUUCUCUGUGAUUUGUACAUGAGUCAAUUGAUUUCUUAGGGUUUUCUUUAUUAUAGAUUAGAUUUUCUCAUUUCUUUUUCUAAAACAAUAAAAAUAUUUUAGUCUGUACUCAAUGAGAUUGAUCCAUUACAGCACUCAAGAGGGGAAUGGAUUUAUUUUCCAAAUUACAUCCUCAUCCUACAGAGUUAAGAGGUGGCACUAUAGAAUUAAUUGCAUUUUGUUAGAUUCUUGCACCGAAGAUUUUAGAAAAACAGCAACAAUUAAUGAGUCUAAAAUAUAAAAUUUCUCCUCCUUUUUUGAAAUGUGAUGGUUGGUAAGGAGAUCAUUUUAUGCUACGAUUUUCUUUCACACUUUUUUCACCUUUCUGAAAUGUCCUAAAAGUAUAUUAGAGACCCUUAAAUCAAAUUAUUCCUUGAAGUCUUCCAGAUAAAUCUUUUGCCUUGAAUUAAAAUCAGCCUUUAGCUCAUCCCAAAGCUGCUUUUUCAAAAACAAGUGGACUUUAUUUUUCCUUGAAGAUCUUCUGCUUCUCAACUAAGAAGCGUCUUCAUUUCUGACUGAAUGGUGGAGGAUGGAACGAAUUAUCCUUCCAUCCUCCACCAUUCAGUCAGAACUGAAGAGAAUCUUGUUGGGUGAAAAAAAAAAUGUCUUCAAGGAAAAACAAAAUCCAGUUGCCUUUUGAAAAAGCAGCUUUGGUACAACCAUGACCUGGAUGACUAAGAAUCUCCAUAAACAUUUAGCCUUUAGAUCAGGGGUGUCAAACUUGCAUCCUCACGUCAUAAGCACGUGAUGUAUUGCAACUUUUUCCCCCUUUACUAAACUGGGGGUGGGCGUGGCCAGCUUGUGGGCUGCAAGUUUGACACCCCUGUUUUAGAUCAUUCUACCAAUGGCUACCCCAUUAAAUGCAACCUUUGCAAUUCUUCCAUUAUUGGCCUCCAGUCAUAUAUUAGACAGGUGAUGAAAUCAUGAAAACGAGAUUCUUGACUAUCGAUUGGGCAGGGUGAAUUGGACUGAUAAAUUAAAAAAAAGGAAGGGGCAUUCUUAAGAUUCUGAGAUGAAAUUAAAGUAUGAGAAAGCUAUUUACCUGACCUUAACAAAAAUGAUGCAGAUCAAUUUUAGAAACACUAGCAAGCCAAAGUUAAAAAUUAGACUUUCCUGCCUCAGUUAACGUUGAUAGAAUUUGUAGUGAUAGGGAAUUUUUUUUCCAAAGAGACUGGAAAUCAAGCUGUCUUAAACAAAAUAAUCUUGGAAUGAGUGAAAUCAAGUGAUUGUUGAAAUUAUCUGGGCUGGAUAGAUUACAUCUGGAAGACAAGGUCUGCCCUCAGAGAUAAUAUGUGAGUUCUGCACAGCCCUGAUCGGGACAUUAUUGGGGACUUAUUUGUGUUGAGAGGUUAAAAUAAGAUUUUGUUUUUCAUUAUAGGUUGAAUGGAAAAUAUAUUAUACAGAAUGGAAAAUGGAAUGAAAUGGACCAUCUAAUAAACAUUUUAGUAAUAAUUCUACAAUUUGUUCUAUUGGUCUGUAGCUGUCCCUAUUCCUAAGCUUUGGCUAAUGAAUGUUCCAGGAGUUAUCUAAUACAUAUUGUAUUGACAUCAAUACAAUUGAACGUGUCCAGAAAUAUUUUACAAGAAAAGUUCUCCAUUCCUCUGAAAACAACAAAAUACCUUAUCCCACCAGACUUGAAAUCCUAGGCUUAGAAAACUUGGAACUCCGUCGCCUUUGACAAGACCUAAGUUUAACUCAUAGAAUCAUCUAUUGCAAUGUCCUUCCUGUUAAAGACUACUUCAGCUUCAAUAGCAAUAAUACAAGAGCAAACAAUAGAUUCAAACUUAAUGUUAACUGCUUCAAUCUUGAUUGCAGAAAAUAUGACUUUUGUAACAGAGUUGUUAAUGCUUGGAAUAUACUACCUGACUCUGUGGUCUCUUCUCAAACUCCCAAAAGCUUUAACCAAAAACUGCCUACCAUUGACCUCACCCCAUUCCUAAGAGGACUAUAAGGGGCGUGCAUAAGUGCACAAAAGUGCCUACUGUUCCUGUUCUAUUGUUUCCUUUCAAUAUAUGUGCUUGUAUAUAAUGUUGUGAAAAAAAUAAAAAAUAAAUAAAAUAAAAAAGAAGCCUCC